UCGUCAUGGACUAACGUUCACUAAACCGCACCAAAAGCACCUGUGGAACGCGAGGCUCCGGCACAAAAUUUGAGGCCUUCACGGAAAUUAUUUCAUGCUGGGACUUGUACCACUUGUGUAUAAAAGCCAACGUACUCGGCUCAGAAAAUACCAUCAAGUUUCAACAUUCCAACCAUGAAAUUCACUUCAGUCACCAGUGUCAUCAUUACCGCUACAACGCUGGCUAGUGUAGCCAUCGCAGGCGUCAUCCCCAUCAUUCCAAAGUUGGGGGACACCGUGACCCCUAACCUGAGCUUGAGGGACACCAAUUCCUCUACCACGGACAUCAUUCCCGACUUAGCGGACAUCAUUCCCGACUUGGGGGACAUUUUUCCCGAUUUGGGGGACGUCAUUCCCAGCUUGGAUGACCUCAUUCCCGACCCUUUAUGAGCGUUUGACUUGCUCUAACAACGCGACAGUGUCUUGAACAUGUAAAACAA